AUGCUUCCUUCCCAACCUCAGCCAUCAUCAAGUAGAGACGAUGGUGAUGACACACACCAACAAGAACGCCCACCGGUCGAUGUGUCUCAACUCAUUCAAAAUCGUAUUCAAGUACAUCAACAAACUAGAAAGCAAGCGCUCACCAACACUUUGUGUCAUUUGUUGCGUCGUCAACGAGAGAUGUCAACCACCAGUAGCAACACCACACCAUCAUCGGAGCAGGAAAUGCCAAAUGAUGCUAACGACAAGAAAGUGGAGCAAGUACCGCCAGUUGUAGAAAACGGUGGUAACAAUCUUGCUGAUUUAUUGGUUCCGCCAAAUCAAACAGUUGAACUUGCUGGACAAGGCCAUCAAGAAUUGAUGAAGAAUGAAAUGAGUCAUAUGAUCGAAAAGCUCAAACCUAUCUUUCUUAAUCCGUCAGUUGCACAUAAAAGUGCCAUGGCUUCGUAUGGGAUCAAUUCUUUAAGAGGUCUUAGACACAUCUUGUUGCUGAUUACGAAGUUUCACAUGAUGCCAAAUCCAUCCAUGUUGAAAUUGGCUGUUGUUUUAGAGGCAAGAUACGGAUCCUAUUCCAAUGCUGAAUUGAUUUUCGUUUUGGCAUGUCAAUUAUUCGAAAUGGGAGCCUUUCAAUGGAACAACGCUGAAGAUGUGACUGAAUUGGCAAAAAUACUUUCCUUGUUAGCAAGACAUGCGCCUUCCCCUGAUUUGGCUCUCUACUAUUUGCAUGAAUGUGAACAGAUUGCUCUCGAACAGAAAGUAGAAACACUAGUAACACAUGUCAUUCUUGCUUGCGUAAUCUUCAAUCUAGUUAUUUCAUGGCAAUGUGACACAUUCGAAAGUGAAGAAGAGAAGAAAAGCAUGCACGAAUUGAAAUUGAUCAUUGGACAUUAUUUCAAUAUUGCAAAGAAUCGUCCUGAUUACCAAUCAGGAGAUCAGGUAAUUCAAUGCAUUGAAAAAAUGUACACAAGAAAAUCACUUCUUGCUCAUAUUUCUCAAGAAUCUGAAGAAUUUUAUAAUGCUUCCAAUGCUUUAAAUCAAUUCGCAGAUGAUGAUGACGAUUAUAGCGAUGUUGGCACAGUCAUGAGCUAUUCGUCAUGCAUGACAGAAAACAUUUCUCUUUCACUUUCUUACCAUGCAGAGUCAAGAAAGAGGAUUAGAAAUAUCAACAAUAUAGACAUUCAAAAGUGCAUCAAGUAUGGUACUCGUGACAUCAGUAGAGGGAAGAUUAGAGUUUGUGAUAAGAACCUUAUUGUAGUUUUCAUGGUCAAGAAACAACGAAUUCCUUUUAUUAUUACUACACUCAAGUGCAAAAGUAGAAUAGAUAACUUAAGACAUUGGAAAGAACAAGAGACCAAAGAACAAAAUGGAAGUGGUGAAUCACUCAUUGCAGAAUAUUGCGACUAUUUGAUGACUAGUGUUUUCUUUGGACAAUGUGACCAAAGCUGCGAGCAAGUGCUUGACAUGUUAUUGGAAAUUCCUCCUCAAGAGCUAAACAAUGAUGAAUUGGAAAUUCUUAAAGAUACUCUCGAGCAAUUGUUUUGUGAUGGAAUGCCUGCUUUCUAUUUGUUAGAAAAGGUCCUUAAGGUCAUGAUGCAUUUUGGAAUCAAAUAUAACAAAUAA